UUGAGUUACUGUCACAAACCGAGCAGAUCGCGGAAGUUAGAGGGAUCAUCAGCUAAUACAGGUGACACAGAGAGAGGGGAAAAAGGGAGGCGAUCCAUUUCCAGACGAGUAUGUGUGUCUGUGAUGGAGAGGCAUCGGGGCUGAGGUAUCCGUCUUUCUGACACCGGCGGCGGCGGCAGCAUCACCGCCGCGCCGGGGAGAAGAGUAGGCUAUCGGUGCCGCACGGGAUCCGCCUUGCCUUUCACGGCAGUUCACUGACAGCCGCCGAAGAAAAGAGCCAGCGGGUCUGAUCUGUUGAUGCAUAGACCGUGGGUUUGGAGAGGGGACAAAGUCGGGAGGUGGGUUGGGUGAAGGUGGGCAUGGAUGCGAAGGGAUAAGGGAAAAAACCCGAUUCAAUGCUGAAAUUUAGUAGUGCGUCUGCGAAACAAUGAACAUAUUUCAAGACUUGCUGUCGGUGUACUGUGCUGUAAAUAUCGGGCAACGACCCUUGCAUUUUUGUCAAUAACACGAGCCAAGGAGGGGUGAAACAUGUCUGCUUCUGUGGGGUCCCGCACCGGAUCCAACGCACCUACGGCGCUACCUUCAUCGCCUGAUAUACCGGACCUCAGUCAUCUCACGGAGGAGGAGAGGAAUAUCAUUAUGGCUGUAAUACUUCGUCAGAAGAAAGAAGAGGCUAUGGUAAAGCGUGAGGCUCACAUUGACGUGAGAAGCGUGUCCCUGCUUGGGAAGAAACGACCGGAGCAGGAUGACAGCGGGCAGCCGCAGCGGCCGGUCAACAGCUCCGAGGAACCGCCGGAGCACAUGGGGGACGGCGUGGAGCAGCGGGGGGAGCAUCAAGCCCCCACCUGCUCCAUCUGCUGCAAGACUAAGUUUGCCGAGGGUUGCGGACACAGCUGCUCCUACUGCCGGACGAGGUUCUGCGCGCGUUGUGGGGGCAGAGUCUCCCUGUGUCCCGACAAUGUGAUCUGGGUAUGCAACCUGUGCCGCAAGCAACCGGAGAUUCUCGCUGGAUCGGGUCGAUGGCCACCAGGGCAGGGUCCCGAUCCCUCCUCAGUGGACGUGGCCGAAAGUGACCUGGUCAUGUGCAGUGACAAGCAGGUGCUCCAGAGUCCACGGAACCGUAUGACGGAAAUCGACGCCGGACCUGACCCCACUCGAAUGGACCCCCCAGGCUGUCGUUCCCGGAGCGAGCCCCCACGGGGAAGGAGAUUGGCGGAGUCGCCCCCAGAGCAGAGCGAGAAGCCCAGACUUCCCAGCGAUCGGCCAAGGAAACAGCUGCAGAAGGGACACUCCCAUGAUCUCAGCCACCGCAACGGGGAGAAGAGACCCAGCAGGGAGGAUGUGCAGCUCGAGCCCCGCUACCGCAGCAGCCCCCACCUGGAGACAUGCCAGCUGGAAGGGGAAGCGGAAGCCCCCAUUGGCCGCCAGGAGCGCAGGCGCUGCCACGCAACCAAUCACAAGUCGGGUCCCGCCAAGGAGGCGCGGCUUGGAGAUGCACCUGACGGCAGACGGGGGGCUGAGAGAGAGAGGACCGUGGCCAACCCAGUCGUGUCAGCACAGAACCAUGUCGACCCAGUAUCGCUGCACCUUAGGGAGCCCCCAGAUUGGAGCAGAAGGCAACAAGGUCGCCCGGAGCCCACAGAGGUGCAGGACCACAGGUCACAUGGUGCCCCGCAUGGGAGGGCAGCCAACGUGAGCAAUGAUUCGCCGGGGCUUAACCAAUCGGAGGCCCCGCCCGUGCCCCGCCCCUGCAGGGUCAAGCGUGGAGUCAACAAGAGGCACAUGUCUCCCAGCAGCUCAGAGGAAGAGGUGUAUAACAGCUGUGAUGAAGCAGCGAUGAGCAGUAUCCCUGACAGAGGAGCUUGGAAGAGCUGUCACCAGGACACAGCACCGUGGCAGCAUCCCACAACAUGGCAGCCGUCCAAAGAAGGCGAUCGUUUAAUCGGACGGAUCGCUCUGAGCCGUGGGACAGCUCUGUCGGCGGGGGCAGGAGGACAACUGGGCCUCAAGGUCGUCGGAGGGAAGGUCACAGAGGCGGGAGAACUGGGAGCCUUCAUCACCAAGGUGAAGAAGGGAAGCCUCGCUGACCUGGUGGGCCAUCUGCGAGCAGGCGACAAGGUGCUGCAGUGGAAUGGGAAGUCGUUGGUAGGAGCCACGAAGAAGGAGGUCUACAACAUCAUCCUGGAAUCCAUAAUGGACCCUCAGGUCGAAAUAGUCGUCUCAAGGCCUGUCAGAGAUGUACCAAGAAUUCAAGGGAUGUCCCCUCCAGUAGAACCCAGAUCAGGCACAUAUGAUUUCCCGAAAAUGGAGCCCCCAUCUCCGCCCCCCAGGUCCCCCAGCAGCGUUGGAGAUAAGCCCCAGCUGCUCCCAGGACAGCUGUCUGUGAAGCUGUGGUAUGACAACGUGGGCCAUCAGCUGAUUGUCAACGUGCUACAGGCCACUGAGCUCCCUGCUCGCCCUGACGGUCGACCCCGGAAUCCAUAUGUCAAAAUGUAUUUUCUCCCUGACAGGAGUGACAAGAGCAAACGCAGGAGCAAGACGGUGAGGAAGUCUUUGGCCCCCAGGUGGAACCAAACCUUCCUGUACGGCCAGGUCCAGCGGAGGGAUCUCCAGGAGCGUGUGCUGGAGCUGAGCAUGUGGGACCAGCCGCACGCUCGGGAGGAGGAGAGUCAUUUCCUGGGGGAGGUCCUGAUCGAGCUGGAGACGGCGCUGUUGGACGACAAGCCGCACUGGUACCAGUUGCAGGCCCGUGCCGCCUCAUCGGUGCCGACGCCCCUGCCGCACAAGUACCACCGUGGGAAUGGUUCUGAUGGGAAGCUGUGGGAAUGCGAUUCGAGAGAGAGGGAGAGGCCCGGCAAACUUUUGUCACCUGAGCCGCAGCCCAAGGUACCACAGUGGGAUGAGCAGGACGAGCCGGCCCCCGGCGUGAUCCUGCACAGGGCUGUUGCACACCCCCCCUCCACGGUGACCCCAACAGCCACCCGUAGAGCGAGGCAGCUGCCACAGGUGCCUGUGAAGGGCAACUCCGUUGAGGAAGUGGUGGAGGAGCGUACUCGACAGGUGCAGUUGAAAGUCCAGUCCUAUAGGACUUCUACUUGCAAUACCACCCAUGACCUACAGAGGGAGCCAAAGGUCAAGCGAGAGCGCUACAGGGGUCGACGACGGAGCAGCGACAGCUUUUCAGACAGCGACGUCAGCGACAUCUCGGCCGUGUCGCGCGACAGCAGUGCCUCGCGUGUCAGUAACGCCAGCUACAUGUCGGUGCAGUCGGAACGGCCGCGGGGUCGUGUGAGCCACACUCCGGGCCGGAACCUCCUGAAGAGCAGCAGCAUGAGUGGGGAGAUGUACCCAUCGGAGCGUGCCGAUGGCAGCCAGUCCGAUCCGGCUCCGGGGAAGCCUUCCAAGCAGCGGCGGACCAGCCUGAGCUCACGUGUGGUGGCCGCAGUGGGCCGGCCCACCCGGAGAAGCAGGAGCACCUCGCUGCUCGGUCAGGCAGAGGCCAAUAAGAAGUUGAAGGGUCCGAUCCAGCGGAGCCAGGAGACGGGCAUGGCGGUGGAGUACCCACGCAGCGCCGACUCAGCCGACGGCAGCAUGAACAGCUGCAGCUCGGAGGGGAACCUGUUGUUCUCAGGUGCCCAACUGGGAGCAGAUGGUCAGUUCAGUGACUUCCUGGACGGCCUUGGCCCAGCACAGCUGGUAGGCAGGCAGACCUUGGCCACACCUGCGAUGGGGGAUGUCCAAAUUGGCCUGAUGGGCAAGAGGGGACAGCUGGAAGUGGAGGUGAUCCGGGCCCGUGGCCUCACACCCAAACCUGGGUCCAAAUCCCUCCCUGCUCCGUAUGUGAAGGUCUACCUACUGGAGAGCGGUGUGUGCAAGGCCAAGAAGAAAACCAAGAUUGCACGGAAAACCCUGGACCCCCUAUACCAGCAGGUGCUGCUCUUUGAGGAACCUCCUCAGGGCAAAGUGCUGCAGGUGAUAGUCUGGGGAGACUAUGGCCGAAUGGACCACAAGUGCUUCAUGGGAGUUGUACAGAUCCUAUUGGAGGAGCUGGACCUGUCCAGUACAGUGAUUGGCUGGUACAAACUGUUUCCUGCCUCCUCUCUAGUAGACCCCACCUUGGCCCCUCUGACCCGACGAGCCUCCCAGACGUCGCUUGACAUUUUACCGGGUCCAUUGGGUACCCGUUCCUAGCUACCAUGCUGGAGGUUCGAGCACAAUGGACCGGCACCAGAGACUAACAGAACCAUCGAAUCACUCUGACAGUCAAUCUUUUAUGUUCCUCAUGUGAUUUGUUGAUUUUAGUCCAUGCUCAUUAGACAUGAGUUAAAGUGAUCAGGGAACGAAAAGAGGGAAUUGCUAUGGACUUCAUGGAAUUCAGCUGAGCUCUUUAGGUCAAAGGUCUUCAAAGUAGAAUCUUUGAGUAAACAGGUGAAUUUGUGGAUCAUCCUUUAUCUAGUGCGCUAGCUCUGCUCUCAAUGUGGUCUAAAAGCCUUCUGGAUGGGUCCAGAUCCCCCACCACCACCUCCAGCAAAUAGGAGGGAGGCACAACUAAGCUUCACCUGUUAAGAGUGUGAGGCGUGACCUACAUCUGCCCUUUAGACUGCAGCCCAUAGCUCUCGUGUGCCUGAGCCGAUUCUGCUGGUCUUCAAUAAGUCUUGGUUUUGAUUUGAAUUCACUUCUAUUUUGUCCCAUUCCUGCCCCCCCCCCCCCC